AUGUAUCCGGCUACACCUUCGCCACCGAUGCUACUUUCUAGGAAUAGUUUGGGACCUCAGUUGGUACCCUUUGUCCCGAAGUGUAACUUAGAACUUGGUUUGAGCUUUUCCCAGCAAGAUGAAAGUAUAAUAAGUGUUUGUGCCUUGGGGUAUCUCCCCGUUGAUUCCGUUUCGAAGGCGUAUCCUGUGGAAGAAAUAUGCCAGAAAACCGCAGUGCCUGCUGGACGAAGAGUCACUAUUCGGAAGUCUAGCUCGACUGGUUUAUUGACUCCAAACGAAGCGGACAGUGUUAUGAAGAGUUGCAACUGGAUUCGAUCCAUUAAGUUAGCGAGUGAUGUGAGAAGCUAUAAUGCCGUGUUGGAACUGACCUCAAACCAAUUAAUCAGGCUUCGAUUGAUCAAGGACGUGAGUGCAUCAGAGGAGUUGAGAUUGUGGUUCUCCGAAGAUAUCGCUGCACAUAUGCAGAUUCCCUUUCUAACGCCGGCUAAUAUUCAACGUCAAAAUUGCUACGUGUGUCAUCUGUGUCGCAAAUCCUACGAGUAUCCGAAUCCCCUCAAGAUUCAUAUUGCCACUGAUUGUGGCCAACAGUCAACGGGUAUCCUUUGGCAGCGGCUUCUACACAGCAUCUCACGCUUCAACUUUAAUCCCAAUUGCGAGUUUCAGCCCUGGAGAACAUCCGCCUUCCGUCCGGUACUAAGCUCUCAUACCACUGUCGUUGAUCUCUCGCCACCACAUCGACCGCCUCCACCGGGCAAUCUGUCUCCUCUCCAAGAACAAUCCCACCCUCAACAGCAUCGCCAUCUUCAUCACACCGCUCUCGUAGACGAAACGACUAUGGUUACGGCGGCACAUCUGGAAACCAUCGUCAGCAACAUGGGCUCCUCGAAGCAGGGCCACAUUUGCAUCUACUGUGGAAAACUGUACUCCCGGAAGUAUGGACUGAAGAUACACAUCCGAACCCACACGGGAUUCAAGCCUCUUAAAUGCCAGUACUGCCUUCGGCCUUUCGGCGAUCCGAGUAAUCUGAACAAACAUAUCCGACUUCACCGGCAGCACGAUAGUUCACUCUACGAGUGUAACUUGUGUGGAAAAAAGCUAGCCCGACGAAGAGAUCUUCAGAGGCACCUGCAGUCGAGACACAACAGCAAUCAGGUGAUCGAAAGUUCGACGUCGUCCGAAGAGGAGGGAGAUGUAGCGUGA